GCCAGCUACCGUUAAAACUCAAAGAGAAGAAGAAGGUACGGGCGGGCCACCGUAAUGUUUGUAGGAAACUGCCCAGAUUAGCUUGCUGCGCCUGGUGCCGACUGUGUUUUUUAGUUUCCAGCUAAGAGCUGCCGCCUGGUAGAUAUUGUGGCACAUAAACCGUGUUUUGUUUUAUUUACUGGAGUUGAAAUUAACACUCAAAAAGAAAGCCAUCCAUUGGUGAGGAGAGAUAGCGUUACCCCUCGGUAACGGUAAACCAGUUAAGCUCAGCUAAUUAGCUAGCACUAGUUUGCUUGCUCGCAGGAUGUCUUACAGAAAAACUUUAAAACUUGUUUGUGGGCUCGCUGGAAGCUCUGCUGUCCUCGUGUUCGCCGCUGCCGCUGCUGACUCCCGCGGGUACUUCGGUGAGCUGCGCGUAGAGGCGGCCAGUCGGUGGUCGAAGUUCACUGUCCUUCAAGCUGCGCAGCCGGCGUGGACACCUGCCAACCACACACCAGCCCCCACUGGACAUGCCUGGGACUUUAACUGGGAUAAGAGAGACCCAUCAGUACUGACCAAUGGGAAGAAGAAAGAAAGUUCAACUGAAGACCCCAGCUCCGAGCAGGACAAUGGCAAACCAAAAGCUACACGCAACAUUCUCCUCAUCAGACACUCUCAGUACAACCUGAGCGGGAUCAGCGACAAGGAGAGGAUCCUCACUCCAUUAGGUCGUGAGCAGGCAGAGUUCACGGGCACGAGGUUGGCAGAGUUGGGACUCAAGUAUGAUGUUCUGAUCCACUCCAGCAUGGCCAGGGCCACAGAGACGGCAAAUAUUAUCAGCAAACACCUCUCAGGUGUAGGAGUGGAGCUGGUGAGCUGUGAUUUGCUGAGAGAGGGAGCCCCUAUCGAGCCGGUUCCACCUGUCACUCACUGGAAGCCCGAUGCUGUGCAGUACCACGAAGAUGGAGCUCGCAUCGAGGCAGCCUUCCGCCGCUACAUCCACCGGGCCGACGCCAAGCAGAAGGAGGACAGCUACGAGGUCAUCGUGUGUCACGCCAAUGUCAUCCGUUAUUUUGUCUGCAGGGCUCUGCAGUUUCCUCCAGAGGGCUGGUUACGUAUGGGCUUGAACAACGGCAGCAUCACGUGGCUCACCAUCCGACCGAGCGGCAGGGUGGCUCUCAGAACUAUGGGAGACGCAGGAUUCAUGCCGCCGGACAAACUAACGCGGACCUGACGGCCCCAACGCACGGCAGGUUUCUGGGACUCUGAUGCCCAGUCAGUUGGUUGCAGGGUCAAAGCUCAGUUCUCUCCUUAAGUGUCUUGAAAAUUACUUUUGAUGUUAUUAUUUUUUAAGUAAACUACCAUCAUGUGAUGAGACUCUGUGGUUGUGAUUACUUCCGUGCCAUAGGACGCCAGCAGAAGUGAUCAACGGCUGCUCCUGAAUGUAACUGAGGAUUUUUACACAUUUUUAAACCAAAAAAAGUUGUAUUUGUAUAGUUGUUAUAAAUGCAAAUCUUGCUCUUAGCUUCACAGCUGUUACUGUACGCUGAAGUGUGGAUUUGUGUGUUGUAUGGUGCAGCUGUAGAAAAUAAAAUAAUCAAAUGUG